UAUUAGGCUGCAAAAUGCAACGGACUCGCACAAGCCUCUCUAGUUAGUUUAUAUAGUAGAAGUUUGAUGGUUUUUAGAGAGGAAGAAAGAGCAUUUGAAUUUGAAGGGCGUCGCUCCUUUCUAUGACGAUGUCGAAACUCACUCGCCUUCUGCACCCCAGGAAUCAAUUGUUGCUUAACAAACUGCCUGUAGAGGGUGUCAAAGAUUCUAUCUGGCAGCAUGCCAUCAACACUUUUGCAGGCUUUUCUAGUGUUCGACAGUAUGGUGCAGCUGAUGCAGGAAAAUUGGCAGGUCGAGUGUUUGCUCCAUACUCAGUAUUUAAAGGCAAAGCAGCACUUUCUGCUGAACCUAGGCUGCCCACAUUUAAUAAAAUGGAUUCUGGAGUUGUUAAACUCAAUCGACGUGGUGUCAUUAUGUUGACGUUCUGGCCAUCUAUUGGCGAGCGCAAAUAUGACUGGGAAAAGAGGCAGUUGUUUGCUUUAUCAGCAACAGAGGUUGGAUCAUUGAUAAGCAUGGGGACCAAAGAUUCUUGUGAAUUCUUCCAUGAUCCUUCAAUGCAGUCAAGUAAUGCUGGCCAAGUUAGAAAAAGCUUGUCAAUUAAGUCAAAUGCUGAUGGCACUGGUUAUUUUGUUUCGUUGAGUGUUGUCAACAAUAAUCUCAAAACCAAUGAUCGGUUUACUGUUCCUGUUACUACUGCUGAGUUUGCUGUUAUGCGAACAGCAUUCAGUUUUGCAUUGCCUCACAUCAUGGGAUGGGAUCGCUUCACUAAUCGGCCUUCAGAAUGCAUCUCCCAAAGUCCCGCAAAGGUGGUUCCACAACUUACGGAGGUGGAGUGGUGUAGAUGAGAGACACUGUUUAUUGUGUAGUACUUUAUCUCAUUCUAGCAUGGGCUAUGUUCUCUUUUUAGAUUCUAUCAAUAGCCACCUGUUCAUGUGUAUUAGCUAACUUGUCAGAAAGACAACAUUUUGGUUGUGAAAGGAACUUGGUUGCCUUGUUCCCUUUUUUCCCCUUUUCGGAUGCAAUGUAAACUUAAGAAGCUAUUGGUUUCUCUUGCAUCAUAGAGUGAUUGUGCAGCAUUGCUCUA